UUUUUUGUAUAACCUACUUGAGUGCUUCUGCACUUGGUGACUUCAUUACUUUGGUUGAUUCACUUGUUUCUUAGCAUUGUUAGCUUAAAACUGGUUUUGUAGUUAUUGUCUGCGGUGAGUAUUUUCUUUAUGUUGGUAUUUCCUUCGUUUUUUGAACUACGGUUUCGGCACAUUUCGGAAAUCUCUUGGGGUAUCUGCUCUACUUGAAGUUGUUACAAGCCAAGGGUAGGUAUACACCUGUUUGGAAUAAGAAUCUGAAUCCUUAUGCAAGAGUGUGUAACAAUCAUUCGGGUCACUCCUUUAAGUUGGGAAAGUCAUCGGUGACAGAAUUGAUCGAGUUUUAUUCCGCAGUUGGAAGCGUACUUAUUACGUAAUCACUCCCAUUUUCUGGAUGUGUGGUGUUAUAUUGUUUUCCGAAUUCCGUCUUUUUUGUUGGAGAGCUUUUACAAAUCUGGCUACUCCCAGGUUCGCUGUUGCCUGUCUACCAGGACUCGAAAGCCUUCGUGAACUCGACGAACUAAAUAUAGAAAUGCAGCUAGUCGACUGUUGUUCUUGUGAACCCUUCCCCACAUACAACGUAAAAAACAACUUGGAUCAAACGAUUUUUUCGAUUUCACCAGUAAACUCGCACUGUACGUACUACGACAUGCAACUUUCCGACAAUUUUGGAAAUCCAGUAGUCCUCUUCCAACGAUGUUACGAGUGCAAAUGUUGCGCUGGCGUAAAAAUUGAAGUCAUUCACUCGCUUGGUACCCUCAUAGGCACAGUUCAAGUGGAAGUCGCAUUUUUAAACCCCAGUGUCUUCGUUAGAGACGCCAAUGAUGAAACUAUUUUCAAAGUGAAGAGAACAGUAAUUGAAUUUUUUCCAAAGACUGUUGACUUCAGUAUUAAUUCAGCUGAUGAAUCUGUAGAAAUUGGAAAAAUGACUUGGAUAUGGCCCGGGUGGAUGAGUAGACAGCGCCAUUAUAAAAUUGUUUUUCCAAGAGAUUUAGUAACGGAAAUGAAGGUGACAUUGUUGGCCACUUGGUACCUGAUUGAAUCAGUGUCUCAUGCUAAGCGCCGCAAUCGGGCGAACUGAAACCGACUUCAUGGAGCAAACUGAUGUGUAAAUAAUUAAUGUGUAAUAAACGUAUUUUUUAUAUCUACUGUGAAGAAUCUAUAUUUUGUAAUUAAAUUUCUCAGAAAAAAUAUUGUGUACCUAUAUAUUUUUAAUAAAGAACGAUAACUUAA